AUGACUCCAUCAGUAGCCCCAGACCCUAUCAAUGAGCUCAAGUUUCAUUCCUCGCUUACGCCUAAAAUAUACGAAAUUCUUGGUACCCGCUUUUCCUCACAGUUACUUUUCACGGAUGUGAAUAUCCUCGAUUCGACCGGCCGCGAGCCAUAUCGUGGCGAUGUCUACAUCAAGGGUGAGAGAAUACUGGAAGUAGGAACAGUUUCGAACAAAGACAAACUUCUCAAAGAUCCUGAAGUCCGAGUCUUCCGAGGCAAAGGCAGAACAUUGAUGUCUGGCCUUGGAGAUGCGCAUGCUCAUUUCACCUGGAACGGUGGGGACCUGGGUAGGCUCGGUGAGCUUGAGACUGAAGAACACACGUUGGUCACGGUGAAAAGCGCCCGAUGCUUCCUCGACUCUGGCUAUACUAUGGCCUUUGGCGCCGCCUCCGCAAAGAAGCGUCUGGAUGUCGUGAUCCGUGACGCGAUCAACGCCGGUGCUUUCCCUGGACCCCGCUAUCUAGCCAAUGGCCAGGAAGUGUGCAAGACGAACGGUGAAUUGGUUGCUGGAAUAUCUGCCAUCGCUAAGGGGGAAGAAGAACUGCGCAAUGUAAUCAGGGAGCAUAUUGCGCUUGGUGUCGAUAAUGUUAAGCUAAGUAUGUCCGGAGAAGAGAUCACUGGAACAAGGCCGGCCGAAGAGUGCUAUUUCACAGAUAAAGACACGGAGGUUUGUGUCGACGAAGCACACCGGUUCGGGAAGAGGGUUUGUGCGCAUGCGCGUUCCCGGGACGCAGUGAAGUUGUGCGCUGAGCAUGGAGUCGACGUUGUUUACCAUGCUUCUUUCGUGGAUGAUGAAGGAAUGAGCAUGCUUGAGGAAAAGAAAACUCAGUUAGUUGUAGCCCCAGCCAUUAACUGGUUGGUGGCAACCCUCACCGAGGCUGAGUCAUUCGGUUACUCUCAAGCACAAGCGGAGAAGGCGGGGUAUAAGAGGGAACUUGACGCUGCAAUCGCCGCAAUGCGAGAAAUGCACCGUCGAGGGAUUGUUGUUUUACCGGGUGGGGAUUACGGAUUUGCAUGGACACCUCACGGAACGUACGCCCGCGACCUCGAGCACUUCGUCCGAUUACUCGGAUUCACUGAGCACGAAGCUCUUAUUGCUGCUACUAGCGGCAUUGCGAAGCUUUUCAUGAGAGAGAAUGAGCUUGGAAAGAUAUUUCCUGGCUACUACGCCGAUUGCAUACUUAUCGAUGGUGAUCCUUUGGAAGAUAUAACACUCUUACAGAACCAUGAUAAGAUCAACAUCAUUGUUAUAAAUGGACGGAUUUAUAAAGCUGGAUUGCCGCGCAUUGGCCAUUAUGAUUUACAAAAGGAUACCAUUCAGCCACUGAGCUUCCUCUCAGGAACCCCUGUCAAAGAUCUAUACCAAGUCGUUGAGGCUGGAGAAUCCCACAUCAAGCGUUCUGAUGAGCCAAUUCCAGCCUCCUCCGUCAGGCUCCUUGCCCCUAUUUGGAGCCGCGACGUGCUUGCCGUCGGCAAAAACUACGUCGAACAUGCAAAAGAGUUCAAUCAAUCCGGCUACGAUAGCUCUGACAAGAUUGAUCAGCCUUCCCACCCAGUCAUUUUCACCAAGCGUGCAACUUCCAUUGUCGCGCAUGGGGAUGAAAUUUUCUCCCACCCCGAGUUCACGGAAAGUUUGGACUACGAGGGAGAACUUGGAGUCAUCAUUGGAAAACCAGGGUUCCGUAUUGACGAAGACAACGCUAUGGACCAUGUAUGGGGAUAUACAAUCGUCAACGAUGUGACAGCUCGAGAAAGACAACGUGAUCACAAGCAAUUUUUCAUUGGGAAAUCCGCGGACACAUUUUGCCCAAUGGGGCCAAUUGCCGUUGCAAAGGAGCACCUACCCGAGGUUCUCCAGGUUCAGACUCGGGUAAAUGGUGAGAUCAGGCAGGAUUCCACAACCAAAGACCUGAUUUUCUCAAUCCCCAACCUUGUCAAAACGAUAUCGGAGGGACAGACCCUCCAGUCUGGAGACGUUUUGGCGACAGGAACUCCUGCUGGCGUGGGGAUUGGUAGGAAGCCCCCAGUUUUCCUCAAGCCCGGCGACGAGGUCGCUAUCUCAAUCACUGGACUUGGUACACUCCGUAACAAGGUCUCUGACAAUACGCCUUCUGCGCCAUCUUUCAAAAACUCUGCAAUCACAGUCAACAACCACAAGGUCUCUGAAGGCAUUAUCGACGUGGGUGGAAAGCUUCUGCACUAUAAGAAAUCCGGGUCGGACACCGGCAGGCCCAUCGUGUUUUUGCACGGUCUUGGUGGAAGCAUCGAAAGCUGGGGGCCUUUGAUUUCCCAAGGUUUAUUUGAAGACAGGCCAUUGCACCUCUUCGACCUGGAAGGCCACGGCCAUUCCCCGACAUCGCCGCUCAGCACUCUGUCUAUCAAGUCAUUCUCUUCCGAUCUUUUGCAGGUCUUCAAACAUGCGAACAUUACAGGAGGUGCCACCAUUAUUGCCCACUCCAUGGGCUGCCUCAUCGCCGAGACGUUUGCUAUCGACCACCCUGGCCUUAUCGAGAGUCUUGUUUUGCUUGGACCCCCACCAUCGCCUCUGCCUGAAGCCGGCUCACAAGGCUCUCUUGCUCGGGCACGUGAGGUGAGAGCCAAGGGAAUGUUGGCCGUGGUAGACGCUGUAGUCAGCGCCGGUACUUCACAACAUACGCAGAAGAGCAAUUACUUGGGGGUUUCCGCCAUCAGGCUUUCUCUCAUUAGCCAAGACCCCGAAGGGUACGCUAAAGCAUGUUCUGCGCUUGCUGGAGCCACAGAGGCAAUCAAUUUUAAGGCAAUCAAGGCCAAAACGCUGAUCAUCACUGGAGAGGAGGACAAGGUAUCACCUCCAGCUUUGUGUAAGAAUCUUGGCGAGAGGAUCGCGGGCAGCCAGGUCGUUGUGUUGCCUCGUGUUGGUCACUGGCAUGUAUUUGAAGAUCCUCAGGGUGUUUCCGAGCCUGUCACUCGGUUUCUUUCUGUAUAAAUACUAGCGAAUCAUGUUUUGCUUGGUUUAUAGGAUGCUCAGUAGUCAUUGGUUUAGAGUAUAUCAGCAGUUGGUGAGGCUAAGUUGUUCGCUUAUACCGCAUUACUUGGGUUGGACAGGGUGCUAGUCGUUCAUUACUCAAUUAAGUAUACGCUAAGCUUGAUUUAAAAGGCAAUGCUGACAUUUACUCC